CACUGUUGCAUGUAAAUUUGAUAAAGGUGAUCUUGGUUUGAUUAAAAAACUUUAUGAUGAUAGAUUAAGAACCAAAGAUAUAUUUUCUGUACUUAAUUCAAUUAAAAUGCUCUUUAAGACUUUAUAUGAUGAUAAAAAUAUCUUAGGGUAUACUGUAUUAAAAGCAGCUUAUAAUACUAAAAGAGAUCAAAAUGGUGAAUUUGUUCAAGAAAUUUUUUGGGCAUACCAUAAUACAUUUUUUGAAUUUAUGAUUGCAAAGGAUGUUCUUAUUAUUGAUGCUAUAUACAAGAUCAACAGAUUUUCCAUGCCAUUGAUAGUCAUCUGUAGCAUUAAUAAAUUUGGAUUCAUAUACUCAUUAGCCUUUGCAUUUGUAUAUUCUGAAACUGUUGACUUUACUGCUAGAUAA